AUGCAACCCCAGUCAACCGUUACGAUAGCGCCUAUUUACGAGUUGGCACGGUCCUUAUACCACACAUUCCCUUCAUCAAACGAGUACUCGGAUCAGUUGGCAGCAGCCAUUCAAGGGUGGCGAUCAGAUGCUGCUGGUAUGGGCCUUUUGCCUCGACUCGAACCAGUGGUCAAAAUGUCGCAAGAGCGUGCAUCACUAUGGCCUGCGUUAGUGAAUAUGGUGCAACAAGUACAACAGGAUCCAAAGACGACGUUAUUGUUUGCAAGUAUCAUGGAGAGCAUGCCACUUGUUGCAGCUGUGGAGCGUGCAUUGGAAGGCGAUGAUGAUGAUGACGCAGUGAUUCGGUUUAUUGACAGCCUAUGCCUUGAUCAACCCCAAGUACAACACGAUCAGGUGAUGACCAGUAUUCAAAACUACCUUGAUACGCUUGAUCAUAUGAAACGACAAGCCGUUAGCCAAGUUCUCAAUCAACAACGCUAUCAAGCUAUGGAAGAUGAUUACAUGGCCCAAAUCCAUCAUAUCUUGAAUGAUCAGGCGAUCUUCGACCAAUUUGAAAGAGUGCUACUUGAUGAUCAUGUCCCAUGGGCCGAUCGACUUACGAAUGUGUAUCAGCUGAUCAAGACUCACAAACCAGAAGUAUGGGAUCAAAUCAGCCUUGUGUUGGAUCGAAUCGAAGCGGACCUCGAUACACAACAAUACAGCUCUUAUGAGGAAUACGUGCAAAAGAACUUUUUGGAUGAUGGUGGUCAACAAUAUCUGGAUAGCGAAGUGGAACAAGCCCAAGUGGAGCAUAUGUUAGGAUCAAUGAACAUGUAA